AUGUCUACCACAGAUAGUACUGAACGCGAUUUUCUUAACCACGGCAUUCCAUAUUAUGGAGAAGUCUUCAGCGACGAACACUCUAGCGAAAGUGAAGAUGAAGUAGUUGAGUCACUUUAUGACCAAGCCACUAAUCAAACUCUUGAAACCUUGAACUCUAACGGAUACAUCUGUACUCCAGGAAUUCCUUUUGUCUUUAUUCCGAAAGCCAAUGAAUUCAGAAGUAUUCCGAACAUGCAGCAGUUCAGAAGACUUAUCACUGAUAUUCCUGGAUGGGAGGGUAAUGUGGCAGCGAAGUAUGAGAGUUUGGAACCCUUCUUUUUAGAUGAAUCUAAAUUGCAGAGAGACAUUACUACCAACAGAUUGUCUACCAAUGUCUCUAUUCCGGGUGUCCAACCAAUUGACAUGUACAAUUGUAACUUUUGUGACUCUUCGUUUAUUGGGUUAAAGUAUUUCAAUCGGCAUGUCAAGAAAUAUCAUCCUGAAGCCAAUCAUGAAAUGCUAGUCCUGCUGCAGCAGCUGGGUUAUCCUGUUAGAAUCAGUAGCCGUUUAUCAUCAAUUUUAAUUGAAGCAACUACAAUUGAUAUCUAUGAGAAUUUAACUCAGGAAAAUAUUUUACUGGACUUGAAUAAGGAUAAAUUCUUAUCAUUACUUUGUGUUGAAAGGGCAAUGAGACUUUACAAGGAAGUUCCAGAAGAUGAAGCCGGUAAGAAAAAGCUUACCAGUUUAGUAAGAAGCUUUUUUACAAAGGAUCACUUGGACAAGCUUAAUGAGUUUCAGAAAAACUUGAAUACUACCAAAGUGUUCUUAAAGUCACACUAUAGUAGAGGGGCGGUUAAUGAUUAUGUUAAAGCCACUGUGACCUUCCUUCAAGUAAGUUUAUUCCAUUUAGAUAUUAAGGUAACUUCGAAAGAGGACUUCGACAAGUUCUGCACUAUGUUCUUAAAAGAUUAUCUUUUAAAAGUUAAUGUUGAGAGAACAGUUCUAGACCUUUUUGUUCUUAGUUGUAUGCUGCAGAAUAAUAGUCUUGUCUCGAACUCAGUGAGAAGGACUAUGUUCUGCAGCGUAUUAUUCUUCUCCAAAUUAAUCAUUAUACAUGAAAUUACUAAAGAAGAAUUUAAAGCAUUCAAACAGGAAUUAAAGUCUCCCAACAUUGAACAUAGUGCAGGUUAUUUCAGUCUUAAAUGGUUGUUCAAUCAACAUGAUUUAGCUAGUCCUCAGACUCCGAUGAAUUGUCAACAAGUAGGUUCCAGAACAGAUGCUUUUAGAAUUAACGGUAAGAUUGUCUCAUUGCAACUAUUGAAUGAUAUGAGAAAAGGUUGCAUUACUACAAUUAAAGAUGAGUUGGUUGAUAUAUUUGGUCCUGAUCUCUUCAAUGGUGUUAAAUAUUCAGAUAUAGUUAAGGAGUAUAAUAAGAAACUCAGUCUCCGAAAAACAUUUAAACGCUAUAGCAAUUCUGAAUUUCAACUAUUACUCAAAAAAAAUAAAGUCAAAAAUGUUCAUUCUGCUGUUGCUUUGUUCAAGAGAAUACUCAAGAUUCAAGAAUUACUUUACCUACUUAUUAUUAUUGGGUGCGGAGCACCCUAUAGGUCUCCAGAGAUUCUCACUAUGAGAAUCGAGGACCACUCCAACUCACCUAGUAAUGUAAUUCUUGAUGAAGAAAAUGUAGUAUUCAGAACUACCUACUCCAAAAAUUUAGACCGUCACAAUACUAUAGUUGCUAUUACUAAAUACUUGAAUGUGGAAACCGGACAAUAUCUCAUAUUAUACUUACAUUUGACAAGGCAUAUAUUGUUGGAGCUUAGACUCAAGUUUAUUGAGGGUACUAGUUAUACAAAAGAACGUACUAAUAGACAUGUUAAUUCAGAUAUAGACCAAGACUUAGUUCAGGAAAUCGAAGAAAUAGAGAAUGAAGAAGAGGAUCUAGAUGUAGAAGAUCCAAUAAUCAGGGCCGCUAAUAAUGUUGAAUAUAUUAAAAGAGAGUAUUUUACCAAGUUGUUCAUAUCACUUAAUGGUCGAGCUAAGCCGGACCUUGGAUUGAGUGCCAUUCGAAACAUCACAAAGGCAUAUGGUGUUGGGUUAAAUCAAAGAGAAAUGCGUCAAGGGUUACAUUCAUUGGUUCACUCUUUAGUUGUUGACUUUAAUAAAGUUGAACAAAUAAUCAGUGAAAUCAAUAGAAUGAGCAACCAUUCCAAUACAACGGCCUUGGUCAAUUACGGUUAUAAUCAUGAAAGCAGAAGUAAUGUCAGUAACAAUUUACUCCAAAGGAAAGUUUGCAAUAGAUGGUAUGAGAUGUUGACUAAUCAUGUAACCCCCGAAGUUAAUAGUUCAAACAUAAUAUGGCAAGAUGUUAGCAUUGCGGAUGUAAAAGACGCUUAUCUUAAGGUUUUGAAUUUUCCAGCUAGAGAAAUACAAGUGGUUACUACCUUGGAGGUUCUUAGAAAUAACUCUAUAGCUAUAUGUUUAAGAACUUCUGAGGGAAAGACAGCAACAUAUGGGGUUGCCAGCUAUUUGGAAAACUAUGUGUUUCCAAGUAGCAAAAGGCAAGUCUCAGUAGUUGUAGUACCCUUUAUUUCCUUGAGAUUAGAUAUAUUAGAACAUCUAAAACGUUACGGAGUUGUACCAUUAAUUUAUGAGGGUACUAUUAAUUACACCACAGCAUAUGAUAUGCUAAUAGUACAAUUAGAACUAUUUAGUAAUGAAUUGAUAGAAACCAUUGAAGCUUCCAACCAUAUGUCAGUACGUCGAAUUAUAUUUGAAGAGGCCCACUUUAUGUAUCAUCAAUAUAGAGAGAGCAAAAAUGAAGAAAUUGCUAAAUGCAAACGAUUUCAAAUGCUCUUUGUGUCAGCGACAUACCCUAAAUCAUAUGAAAGGGAAUUGAACAGUUUGAUAAAUCCCAAAAGGCUAAUUAGAUUAGAAAGUCCUUCCAUUGUUCGUCCAAAUAUAAUACUUAAUAAAACCAUUGUCAAAAGAGAAGAAGAAGUUGCUGAAAUAAUUAAAUCAAAAGUAUUACAAGUUCCUUUUAGUAUUGUUAUCUUACCCACUAUAAGAAAGGUACAAGAGUAUCAUAAAGAAUUCAAAGAGGCUGGUAUUAAUUGUGAAAUGUUCCAUUCCAAGUUAAAUUUCGCUGAUAAAGAGAGUGUUAUAGAAAAGGUAUACAAUAGUGAAUUAAGAGUUGUAAUUGCUACUACUGGGUUUACUACCGGAUUAGACAUAACAUCACUUAGAUAUUUAAUUAUUGGAGACCAAUGCUAUGACGCCGAAACUCUCAUACAAGCCAGUGGUAGGACUGGUAGAGAUGGGCAGGCAUCGACAGUUGAUUUGAUUCUUGUAGCCAAUAGAAGUAAAGAUGAAUUUCAAAAGAAACUCAUGUCACCUACAUGUUUGUCGGAGGUUCAAAAUUGGUCCCAAGAAUUGGAAAUCAAACUGUGCACAGAACUCAAAGUACUGUUGUGCAGUGUCUGCAGAAGCAAUGGUCCAACACAACCGAUAGUACCAAUUGAAGUAGAAACAGAUAGACCAAUUGAAGGAGAAACACAAGUUGAUAGACCAAUGGAAGUAGAAACAGAUAGACCAAUUGAAGUAGAAACACAAGCUGAUAAUACAAUGGAUGAGACAGACACUACUGACUGGUUUGAUAAUUUGCCUGUCGUCAAUCAAGUUCCACCUAGUAUGAUUAAUAGAUCACUAAAUAAACCAGCUAGCAAUAGAAUUUUAUUUAACAUACCUUUAGCUCAAUCAUCAAUAAAUGAAGUUGCAGGUAGUCUGUCCAAUACAACCAACACAUAUCAGUCACCUUUGUCAACCUUUGAUUCAACAAGACCAAUAUUGAAAAGAAGAGGAGAAACACAGUCAUACCAAUCUGCCUCCAAACAACAGCGGAUAUUAAAUAACCAAUCAGCAGAUGAAUCAUUAUAUCUUCAAACAGAUGAAUCGGUCAUUUCAGUACUCCAGAAAUAUAAUGAUAAUAUCUAUGUAAUGAUGGAUCCACAACGUUUUAAAAAAGCUAAGUUUGAGGAUGAAUUAAGAAUUGAUAAUGCCUUAAUUUAUAAUUUCCAACACUACUAUUACCGUGGUCUUGGGAAUCAGGUGAUCUGCUAUGGAUGUGGACUCAAUCACGAAACCCACAAUAUAGAAUGUCCCAACUACAGAUUUACUAUGGGACUCCUUAUUCCAUAUGUCUUGAGUUCCUCCAAAAAGUUACUUAAUUAUAUUAAUCAGGAUAAUAUAGAAAGGGCUAUAGAACUAAGAAAUAUAGUAGUUAAUUAUGUACAUCAGGAGCUGUUUAGAGCCAAAAUGAAGAGCUGUGUAUUACUAAGAUUCAACAAACAGUUGAACUUAACUCAUCAUAAUAUCCCUUUUCAAGAAUUAAGUCAAGAUUUGUAUAAUCUAUUGUAUACCCCCAAGCCAAAUAAUAGGCUUGGGGCUGAUACAACUAAAAGGAGAAACUUCCUGACAACACUUAAAGUGAUUAAUGGUUGGAGGGGAGUAAGUAGUAAGGUAGGAUGGCUGAUGGACAACAAUGUCAAAGAGGAAAAAAUGAAACAAUUAGAAGAUAGAUUAAGACAGAAACAAACUAAAGGAGCAUGCAAAAGAUGCCACUUGAUGCAUCAAGGUGAAUGCAUGAUGGAACAGAAUCAAGAAAUAAUAUGGAUACUUCACAGCUACGAUGAUUUUCUUAAAGUUAUAUUAACUAAUACUAUUGAAGUUAUUUCUAAUUCCAAUUGGGUACCUCCAAUAUCCUUGAAUAACACUUAUAUUUAAAGUAUCAUUAAGUUACCUUCAGUAUAACCUCUAAAACUAUACUUAUAAUAUCUAAUAGACAUUCUAUAUUACUCUUUAAUUACUUAAUUACUAUUUCCAUAUGAUGAUAUUUCUAAUUAAUUUGUUCUACCUUCCAUCCUACAGUUCCUUUACUUUAAUUAAAGUCACCUUAAAUACAACUAUUAUGUGACAACAAUAUCUAUAUUUAUUAAAUUCUAUUAGCUUUCCGAUAGUUAGAACAAGAUUACUUAU